AUGCAGGAUGCGGCAGCGGCGAUAAUCUACAAGAGCCUGGAUGGAGUGGGCUCUAGCUACUCUGAUACGGUCGUAUGCGAUCUACUGGAGAUCGCGGAGACAGAGAUGGGCUAUAAGGCCUCUGAGGAUCCUCUCAGCGACCGGAUUCUGUGGUUGGCAGUGCAGAGGCUGGAGAAGCUGCAGAAAUCUGGCAGAUUCGUAUCCCUUCUACAGGAGCAUCAGGAACUUGCAAUGCACCUUUGCAUGCGUGCCGGGUCGAAAAGUUGGAACAACAGAAGAAAAUCUUACGCAGGAAGAGCAGGAAGACAAGACCUUUUUAUGGUCUUGUUGGAGCACCUAGGGAACCCCAUUUUCAAUAAACAAGACGUAGCGCAAAGAAAACCUCACCCUAGUAAACAGUGGUGGAUGACGGGCGUAUAA